AUGAAUGAAAUAUAUUCUGUCGAACCUGUCCUCGGUGAUAUUUACAUAUUGAAAGGAAUGUCAUUGUCAGAUAUUUUCACAGAGAUGUUGAAGCAUUUCACAUAUUUCAACAACAAAACAGUUUCAGCUCUUCUGCGGAAAAAAUUAUCUGAAGUUUUUAUCAUCAAAUCGAGGUUUUUGAGAAUGAUGGUUGACAGGUUGAGGAGUCGGCCUUUUAUAGACAAGGGUCUUGUCGCACAAUCUUCCUUUGCAAAUGAACCUUUUGAUAAAUGUGAUAUCAAUGACGAUGUCCUCGAGGGAACAGAUGGCCCUACAAGAGACAAUACACAAUACAAGUUAAAGAUGAAUUUGAAUCAAUAUGAUAUCCUGCUUUUUAGAUCUUUUGGACUUUUUGAACUUUUCCGAAAUGCAAAUAAUUCUGGUUACUUUGGAUUACACUGGUCUCUUAACAAAUGUCGAGGACCUAAAGGAAUUUUUAAAGUAAACAGUAAAGACCACAAGAAUGUCAAGAAAAUUGUAGUUGAUAGGUUUUCUAUCAAUGCUGAAAUAGAGGUUUCCGCGAGAGAAACUUUGGUUCUUGAUCAAGUCAUUAUAAACAAAUUAGAGUAUAGAAGAAGACCAGUACAAAUAUUUUUGUAA